CCACACUCGUGUUAAGAUCACUGUCUGCACUUGUGCCAAAGGCUCCGUGACCCGUCAACCCACCGUUCGUGCUCGUGCCAGAGUAAACUACCAAAAUUCCUGAGGAUUCAGUCUUGUUCUGUUCCGAGGAUAUGGCCACCGACAGAGCUUCCAACCAGCAACAUUCGGCUGCACGGUUUAUUCAGCAUCCAACUCCAACUUCUGCAGACUUAUCGAAACCAAGCCCGUUAGCUAUGUUAGCGGCAACUUGUAGUAAGAUCGGCAAUGAGUCAGUUAUCCUGCGUCAGCCAACUGCACCAGUUGUUCAGCAAGUCAGCACUGCGCCAUCCAUUAUGACAGCCGCUCCAGUUGUUAGCGAGCAUAAGAGCUACUUUCAUCCGUGGACUCAAUCUACUACCGUUGUUCCAACUGUGCCGUCUAUGAAUCUUAUUCAGAGUGCCCGGAGCCCAAUCGCCGCGUCGACACCUCUACCCUACCAGCCGAUGGUCCAUCACCAUUCACCAACUCCCGGGGCAACAGUUUUACCCAAUUACCAUCACCAUCUUGCCGUGUCCGUCUCACCAGGAUCGUAUACACACGAACUACCACUUACGCCGCCAGCAGAACCAACAUUUACACCCGGAUUUGCGUAUGAACUAAAUCAUAGUCCAGUUAAAAUUGUACAAAACAGUGCCUGUUCCAGUGCGUUUACAAGCCCAAUAAUGGCUUCACCGUCCCAGUUCGCCGGUCAUCAUCACCCACUUGCCAUUACAACGGCACAUCGACAAGUUCCAGCGUUCGAGGAGGCAAGCAGGGCGCCAUGGUGGAGUGUCGAUUCGCACCCAUCAGCCAAGGGACAUUCACCGUUAACACCGUCCGUAUCACCCACCGGUUUCUGUAUGCAGCCUAUUAUGUACGGAUCUGCACCGACUUACCCAGUUCAGAUAGGCGGAAGGUCCACAAUUGCUACAGCCCGGCGCUGCAGACGAUGCCGAUGUCCCAACUGUGUCAACGCCACAAACUCCAACAACCCAAGCAAGAAGAAGCAACACAUCUGUCACAUACCCGGUUGUGGAAAAGUUUACGGCAAGACAUCACACUUAAAAGCACAUCUUCGCUGGCAUACCGGUGAAAGACCGUUCGUCUGCAAUUGGUUGUUCUGCGGAAAAAGUUUCACCCGAUCUGACGAACUCCAGCGCCACCUUCGCACACAUACCGGCGAAAAGCGAUUCGUCUGCACAGAAUGCGGCAAGCGGUUCAUGCGUAGCGACCAUCUCUCCAAACACGUGAAAACCCACACAUUGAAGAAAGCGAUAACUACAGCGACAAAAGCACAGGACAAAGAAAACGAAUCUUCGCAGUGAACUCUAUUUUGAGAAAAGGACUCAAUUAAUUUGUAACAUGUGCAGUACUAGUAACUUUUACGUUGGAUUACUCCGACCCCACCGAUGUACCCUAACUGGGCACAGAACUUAUUUAUUUUUGUACUAUUUAGCAUUAAUGCUAAAGCUUUUCUUCCUUUUCUAAAGCAGUUAUUAUUUAGAAAUCGGAUAAAAGUUGUUUGAAACCUUCGCUCAUCAAAUGAGUCGUUAGGUAUUCAUUCUGUAAUUAAUUGUAAUUACUGCGUUUUUUUUUUACUUAUAACAGUGUUAAAAUAAAAGACACGUUGAAUUCUA